CGGAAUUUCCCAAAAGGUUAAAACCUAAAGUGCAUAAAAAUGAAUCUGGCCUAAACAGCAUAACAAGAAAAAGACAAGAGAGGUGAAACUUGAAUCAUUCGAACCAGCAUGGCUUUCAUCUCUUUCGUCUCCAUUCCAAAAAAGGAUAUUUGAAAAGUGAACAAAACAAUAAACAGGCAUAACAACAUUCUAUAGCUUUUCCAACUAUACACAAUGACAAAACCAUUGCAUACACCCCCUUUAACGGGACCUUCCACUCCCGAUAGGCUACAUUCGCCUUAUUUACAAGGUCGCUUUCCAUCUCCUUCUCAUUCAUCUUCCUCUUUACUCUCCACUCCACCUCUAUCUUCACCAAGGAGGAGCAAUCAAGAAACAACAAGUGUAAACAUACCAGAUAUCGAUAAAGGUCAAGAACAAGAUAGACCUUCUUCUUCUUCUUCCUCCACAACUCAAAAAGCUUCACUCUCUCCUCGUCAUUCAACCGGAAAAUCUACAAGUUCACAAGUUGAAUCAGACAAGAUGAUGGCAAUGCCAAUGUUGUCACUACGAAAGAAGAGAGGCAUGAGUUUGUCUAAUCCUGUCACGCAAUCUAGCAGACCUUCUGCUUCUUUACGUAAAUCGAUUAAAACGCCUUCAAAAGAGCAACGCAAUUUAGGUCUUUUGGUUAUCUUGAUCGUUUGCUUGAUCGUUUACCUAAUUCCUACCCAAAGAGAAAGUAUGGAAACAGAAGGUGCUCCUGCUACGCCUUACACUGUUCAGAAAUCUUAUUUACGAAAAGGUUCAGGCUGGGUUGUAGACCAUGCCAGAGUCAUGACAGAGGUUAUCCCACGUCCAGCUUUGUUCAAUAACGGAAAGCCAAAAUCCAUUUCAAACAGUAAACCCCAUCCAGCACAAAAGUUUCCCGAAUUUCAAGAUAAGAUGUACAAGCUAACGGCAAAAGAUUGGCCAGAAUAUGAAGCCAAACUUGUUGCAUUCAGUAAACAAUCUUUCCCAAAACAACUUGCUUCUUGGGCUAUCGAAUCUGUUCGUGCUCGUAGCCCUCGUCGUCGUCAUGACAAAAGUCUCGCACAUCACAGAAUACCUGCCCAAAUUUGGCAAACAGGAAAGGAUAUUCCUACAAUCCGAAACUCUUUCCAAGAUCAAAAUCCAAGGGCAAGCUACAACUUCUUUGAUGAUUCUUUGCUCGAAAGUUGGUCAAAGCAACACUUUGGCGGUAGUUUGGUGAAAAAAGUUUGGGACGGAAUGGAAAGAGUGGUUCUCAAAGCCGAUUUUUGGCGUUAUCUGGUCAUCUUUUUGGAAGGUGGCUAUUAUAGCGAUACAGAUACAGAUUGCUUGAAACCUGUAGAUGUUUGGGGAACGGCUGAUGCUGUCACUUGGGAUUUGGGUGAUGCAGUGACAAAAGAACUUGCUUAUUCGCCUCCUCAAGUUGUCGUUGGUAUUGAAGUAGAUGUACCAGACGUAACAGGUUGGGAAACUUUCUGGCCAAGACCAAUUCAAAUCGUUCAAUGGACAAUGUCUGGCUCUCCUGGUCAUCCAAUCUACCUUGAUUCAAUCAGACGUGUGGUUGAAUCAAUGAAUGUAGUCAAAGAUUGGGAUUCCGAACGCAAGGCAAAAGCUGCCGACUUGUUGGGCAAAUUGACCAAUUCCGACUCUACAUUGAAAGAACGCAUUAAGCAUCUAGAAGAUCAAGAGUUAUGGGAUCAAUUGCGUAAGCUCUUAACUGUUGAUCCUUUCGAUAAAGAAAGGGGAGGCAAAAUGAGUUUGAUCGAGGCUACCGGGCCUGGAGCAUUUAGUGAUGCCGUUUUCAGUUAUUUACAAGCACGUUACGGUAUUCAUUGGAGUCAAUUGCACAACAUUCAAACUGCCACACGUAUUGGUGAAAUUGCCAUUUUGCCCAUCACCGGUUUUGCACCUUUCUGGAAGCCUGAUUGGCAAAGAUGGAAAGGUUUAGACCGCGGUGCAAUGGCAGUUGUUGGUGAUAUCACUCAUCCUCAAGCAAUGGUCAAUCAUCACUUCUCCGGCAGUUGGAGACAGGAUAGUGACAAUGCCGCAUAGAUAUUUUACAUCUUGUCUACCUUGUAUUUCUUCAUUCCUUUUACCGCAUCAUCUUCACAGCAUUUGCAUUCAUAGUAUCUUUAGCAUCAUUACAAAAUUGGAAUCUCUGUUACCAGUACACAUGGUUAGUCUGCAAAAGAGUGCAAUCAACUUUAAAGAGAAUAGUCAUCAUCUGAUCAAACUCACGCU